GACGUCAUAGCGUAUGCGUUUCAGGCGCGCACGCUCUGAUGUCAAACCCCGCCCACAGCUAAUUCACAAAAGACUCGCCGCCGUGCCGAGCGCUCCCGUUGGCUACUGCCAGAGCCACAGGAAGCGGAGAGAUGCUCGCUGAUUGGCUGUGAAUCUCUUUGUGUGCGGGGCAGCUGGCGUCUGGGUUGCGUUUUUGAAUGGUCUCGUAUUGGAAGGCGAAGGCGUCCAUGGGCAGCACACCAACAAAGGAGCCAGGAUGGUGUUAGUCCACGUCGGAUAUCUGGUUCUUCCCGUCUUCGGUUCCGUAAGAAGUAGAGGAGCACAUUUUAGCAGGCACCAGCAUAGUCAUGCUACCUCCUGCCGACAUUUUCACCUGGCUGCUACAGCGACGCCCCUGCCCGCUGAGUUCCCACCCCCUCCCCUUGCCCCGCCUCAGUACCAGGAAGUCCCGCCCCCUUUCCUACCUCAGGCCUUACAGCAGCAAUACCUCAUCCAGCAACAGUUACUGCAGCGCAGACGCACACAGGAGCGAGUCCCGCUGAACACACAUCGGUUACGCCCAGGAUAUGAAUAUGCUCCGCCUCUUCACAUCCCACAGCCAAUCCCACAGCAGCCCAGAUAUCUGGCAGAAGGCACCGAUUGGGAUCUGAGUGUGGAUGCCGGUGUUCCUCAUCAGUAUCCCCUGCAGCAGAUUCCUCAGCCGUACCAGCAUUACCUGCCCUCUCCCAGGAUCCACCACCUUCCCAGGAGCAGUGCCUCCACUCAUGUGGUUGUCCAUGAGAUAAGGAAUUAUCCGUAUCCACAGCUUCACCUGCUGGCGCUCCAGAGUUUGAGUCCCAGCCGACACUCUUCUGCUCUUCGGGAGAGCUACGAGGAACUGCUGCAAUUAGAAGAUCGAUUGGGAAGCGUGAGUCGAGGAGCGGUGCAGACCACCAUAGAGAGAUUCACCUUCCCUCACAAAUACAAGAAGCGGAAGCCUCUGGAUCUGAAGCUCUGUGAGACUGAUGAAGAGUCUGAUGUAGAUGAGAAAUGCACCAUCUGUCUCUCUAUGCUUGAGGAUGGAGAAGAUGUCAGGCGGUUACCCUGUAUGCAUUUAUUUCAUCAGGGAUGUGUGGAUCAAUGGUUGGCCACCAGUAGGAAGUGUCCCAUCUGCAGAGUUGACAUCCAGACACAACUCACGAGCGAGAGCUGAGAUAUUAACAAAUAACUCCCAUCCUGAGAGCUGGAGCUCUUCUUCUUCUUCUGCUCUUAUCAAACACAUUCAUCAGCGCAUACAGAUGAAGAAAAGCACUGCUUCUGCAGGGUUUCACACACUGUAUAUUACCUACACGCAUAUACACCCCACUAUAAUCUUAACUAAAUGAGCCAUCCGAUACGCACUUAACACACACUCACACGCUUUACUGAGCCAAUGACAAUAACUGACACUACACACCUUCAUACACACACACACACACACACACAUGCUGGUUAAACUAAAGGGUUUGUUGUGAGAAGUGACUCUGUUUGUAGCAUACGUGUGUGUAUUUGUGCAAUUCCUUAAGCCAUGAACUUAACUAAAGACCCUCAGCUUGCAUACAAUACACACACACACACUAACUAAUGAUAAUGACACACACACAUAUAUAUGCGUGUAUACAUGAUAAAGCUCUUUUUUUGGCGGAUAAGACACUGUCAUAUCCAAGUGUGUGUGUGUGUGUGAGUGUGUCGGUCGCUGUAUUUCUGAUCUGCAAUACUGCUUUAGUCUUACACACUGGAGCUAUUUUAGCAUUGUUUGUGUGCAUAUGUACGCUUGAUCACGUGGUACGUGUGUGUUGUUAUUUAGUUGGUCAUGGACCGGCCCGGAUGGAACCUGCAGACAUUUUUAACACAUUUUCUGUGCUGAUUAUUUUAGGAAAGGUUUGAGCGUAGUAAAAUGUUUUCAUUUUAAUGGAAGCUCCGUGACACGACAGGAAGUGGGUGUGUCCAGUACGCGACAAAGUUGAGAGAAGUUUAACUUCACGCAAAUGAAAUGCAAGCAAAAAAUUUCACGUCAUCCAUCCAUCUUUCUUCGUUGUGACUAGGACAACCAGAUUUUAAAACGCCCCCAAUGACCUCAUCAAAGAGACGGGCGAGACACGGCAACAAAGUCGCUGGGGUUGUGCACGCGGCGUAGUACAUAAAAUAAAAAUUAGUGACAUUUCAGUUUUGCGAAAAUCUGUGGCGCUGUGUUAGAAAUUACCCAUUUCACUACGCUACAAUAUUUCCCACAGAUUUUUUUUUUGCAUAUGCAAAUCGUUUAUGCUAAUUUUUUCCAACCAUUUUAUAUUAUAAACCUUACUAGGUCCAUUAAAGGUGCAGUGUGUAAUUUUUAGAAGUAUCUCUUGACAGGAAUGCAAAAUAAUAUAAAAAACUAUAUUAUCAGGGGUAUAUAAAGACCUUUCAUAAUGAACCAUUAAUUUUUUUUACCUUAGAAUGAGAUGUUUUUAUCUACAUACAUCAAGGGUCCCCUUACAUGGAAGUCGCCAUUUUGUGACGCCAUGUUUGUACAGAAGCUCUUAACGGACAAUUGUUUUAAUAAGUGUUCUCCAACGAUGAUACUUUUUUUAGGUUGGGGCUUCUCUAUGCAUUUCAAAAGUGACGGGUGAGCAGUGGACUGAGCCACUAGAUGCCACUAAAAUGUACACACUGCACCUUUAAAAGUAAAAACGUGUCCCGUUUUAUUUAUAACAUUGCCAAGAUUAAACUGAACGUUCAAACGUAGAUGUACAAAUAAAAAACAAAGCAUUCAGUCAUCAAUAUCUGUGGCGUUUUUGCCCUUGAUCUUUGGAUAAUUUCUGACACCGCUCCAUGGUUCUGUGUCUGCAGGUUUCGUGAGGGCCAGUCACCGGGUUCGCUGUGCACCAAGGUGCAUGUUGAAAGCCAAAAAACCAACACACAUUUUCAAAAAAAGAUUAAAAACAAACAAAAAAAAACAAUUCCGAGUCAUUUCAAAGACAGCAGGAGGAGAGUUGUUGUCUUAAAAAAACACUCCAGGCAAAAGUAGGCGGAGACUGUCGUGAUUGGUGGUUCAUGUAGAUAGGCGCAGUAGUAGUUGCAUGCAUCUGUGCUUCGGUUGUCGUUUCAAGGUACACCUGGAAGUGUGUGUGUGUGUGUGUAUGCGUGUUUGUGCGCGUGCGUAGCGGUACGAUACUGCAUGAAUGUGUAUUAGCUCCUUUAAGCUGUGACGAUCUGUAACACUAUCAGACUCAUGUAGCCUGUAUGCGUGCGUGUUCGUAUGUGAGAGACCCUGCCAUGACCUUUGACCCUAAAUGCCUACUGUUAAAAGCACAUGUGAGCAUAGCUAAAGUGCCCGGCCUCACUUUGGUGCUGCGUUGCCAUGGUUACUGUAUUUAUUAUCGGUAUUUAAAAACAUGCAGUGUUCGGAAGGGGGCGGGGCUUGUGCGUGUCCAACCGUGUUUUUGUGUCACAGGUCUGCCCUCGUGGUUGCUAUGCUGGUUGCUAUGCUGUAUUGCUAGAACUACAAUGUAGAAUGUCGUGUGAUAGAGGACCAUCCACCAACAGCACACAAGCCGGUCGAGAUGGGUCAGAACCGAACGGCACAGAUGUGAUGUUUUUGCUCCCUAAGGCCUGAAACUCUCUGCACAAUUAUGUGAACGCCAAAUGAUUUCUAACUGCAGUCACGGAAGAGGAAUAGUUAUGCUUAACCAGCUAGACAGACAUAUAACAGGACUGGGCAUAAUGUGGCCCCCCAAAAUUUUUAUUUUUGUUUUUAUAUUUGUGCAGAGUAUGUUUCUAGUCUACGGAGGCCCCUAAGGGGACAUGAAGCAAAAAUUUAAUAAAGUUUGGUUUCGGGUGCGCACGUGAAACUAUUGCGUGUGCACGUAAAACUUUCACUUUUAUGUGCACGUGUGAUAGUUUCAACAAAACUUUAGAUUUUUUUAUUGCAAUGUCACCUUAGGGGGUCGGUACUAGUCUUACAGCUUGGUGGUUUUUUGUGUAACUUUUCCUUUGAAAAUGUUACAAUUUAUAAAAUGCAGAAAAGGGAAUGUAAUUUUUUUGUUUGUUUGUAAAUGUGGCCUAAAACAAAUUCACAAAUUUUUGCAAAAGUAGCAUCUGUCCGUCCUGUAAAAUUUUUCGUAUUCAUUUUAACCAAUAAGCUGCGGCCGUUGCUUCCAACGUGUGUUGGCUCCUCCCCCCCAGUGUUCUGUGUGCCGAUUGGUGGAUGUUGGCUCACGUUGAUCGUUUACACAGGGUUAUGUCCGUUGAAAUGCCUUAAGUAUUUAACAAUCAUAAUUUAUUACUAACUGUAGAUAUCGUGGGUGCGUAUUUAAUUUUGUAUAGUCUCAUUUUUUUGCAAUGGAAUCAUAUUUUAUUUAUUUAGAAAUAACACAAAAUGAUUAAAACUCUUACCUCAUGUUUGAGUUGGUUUGCGGGAAUGCUUCGCAUGCGGUUGGUCGUGUUCGUGUGUGUAUCUCCCUUUGGUGCUGUGACCUUACUGACAUUCCGCUUGCUGAUUGGUCAGACACGGCAGCGGAGUGGGAGUAUUCUGGGUUUUGAUUCGCUGUCCUGUUUGCACUCUUAGUUUUCCAAGGCCACCCUCUCACUGGCAUCAUUUUAACCACUCUGGCAACCUUUGCAACACAAUCUUUCGUCUCUCUUUUCUCUUUCUUACAUUGUUAAUGUUUACAUGGGCUUUUUUGUUUUAUGUUUAUCUAUAUCUAAAUCCAUAUUUUGCACUGUAAACUCUUCCUUAACUUGUUUUUUAUUCAGUCACUGACUGAUUCUCUGUGACUAUGUGCCAAAACCUAGUGAGCUGCCUUCAAGACUGCGUCUAAAUGUCCCUUGUUCAUAAUUGAUUUCAAAAGCCAUUAGCUAAAAAAAUCAUAAUCUAUUAAGCAUAAAGGAUCAAGUAUACCUCAUCUUUUUAAGCGUACGCAAGUGUACAGUCGAACAGACAACAUUACAAAGGCUGCGUCUGAAAGCUUCUGCCAAGUUCAGACGGCACGAUUGUAGCCCUGAUUUUGACUCGCCGACAGGUUUUGACAAAUCGCAGGCAAAUCGGUGCUCGUUCACGCGAGUGACAAUCAAGACGCGAUCUGAGAGGAAUCGCUGCCGAGUCGCAAACACCCCUAAGAUAUCUUGCAUGCUAGAUAUCUGGACCUGUUGACGAUUCAAAAUCAUGCCGUGUGAAACUGAAAAUAACAUCGGCGAUGACCUACAGCCAACAUUGAGGGCAGCUGGAAGUUCGGGGAGGAGUCUCUCCAACUAUUUCCUUCAUAAUCUUUUUCUUUUUUUGCUGCAAAUAAGCGCACAUGCAGUUUGUAUGGCAAGCUUCUUCCGUGCUACCAUUUUUAAUAAAAAGUCUCACGUAGGAACUCCGGUCUUGCACGCAUAACCUCGCGUUGUUUACUUGUCACUUCUGGCGACCUUUUACUAUCCUAGUAAAAGGAUAGGAUAGUAAAAGGUCCAUCGAAUGAACACUUCGGGAUCUAGCCGAAAGUAGUAGGUCAUCUGGGUAAUUUUCGCCUACUGUUUUUGGAAUAGUAUGAAUUUGAACAUACUAUUCACCUCGCCUACUGCUUUUCGCCUACUAUAUAGUAUGAAAACAGGGUUCCCACAGGUCCUUGAAAUCCUUGAAAGUUUGUGAAUCUGGGGGGAAAAUUCAAGGCACUGGGAGUUUUUGAAAAUAUACAUAAAUAGAUACAGGUCAUUGAAAAUGCUUGAAUAUAUUUUAUCCAUGAAGUUUUCUGGAAAAAAAAUCCAAAUUAUUCCCUGUGUAGUGUAGGAUUAUAUCAUAAAAAUUUGAGACUUUUUAAGCACACGUGCUAAACUGUUUGCUUAAAAUUUUUUAUCUUCUGUAUGCGAAUGUUGAUUCAUACCAAAAUGCUUUUUUGCAUAGUUGUGUUUGACACAUGAAAACGUCUCGGGUUACGUAUGUAACUGUUGUUCCCUGAGAAGGGAACGAGACGCUGCGUCUCUCUUGCCAUACUUCCUGCAUCCCUGUAACGCCGUCUUUGGCAAUAUUUCAGAUAGCGAUAUACUUCCUGACUCCCGCGUCACCCUGUCUUUGUCGUUAAGCCUCACCAUUGGUUGAGUUUGAUAUACACAUUCAGACGCACUUACCCCUGGAGGCUUCACCAAAGUGUCACUGCAGUGACGCAGCGCGAGUUCCCCCGAAAGGGAACUGUAACAAUGCAUCUUAAAAGGAUGUAACUCAUUUGAAAUGGGUCCCCACAUUUAGUCCUUGAAUUUGAGGGUACUGGACCUGGAAAGUCCUUGAAAGCUCCUUAAAUUUGAAGUUAACUAAGGUGUGGGAAACCUGUGAAAAGUAUGCGGUUUACGACGCAGCCUAUGACUUGUACGCAUACACGUUAGACGCAUGCGCAACAAAUUGCAGUACCUCCACUGGCCUGGAUGCUGUACAUGCGGUUACAAAAAAUUUGCAGUGCGAGCAUCACAGAUCUUCUGGAGUUUGAAUAAGACUACAUUUACACGUAAGCGGCUAUUUUCAACCUCUUCGGUUUCAAAAAUAACUUUAUGCACACACGUCAGUUUUCAGAAAAUUGUUUAUUGACAUGUACCCGUGUAUAUAUGCCUUCAAGAGCAUGCCAAACCUCUAGGUGGCGGUAGCUGAAGCCCACGUAAGCCAAUCAGAAUCCCGAAAACGGCAACGAAUCACUUCCUGUUCCUCUUUUGAACAAGAUCGCACUUUUGGCGUAGGUGCGAGCUCUGGCGCAUACAGUGACGUUGGCUGGCUAAACAUCCGUUUGUCUCAGUUUACAUGCAACCGUGUAACCGAAGAUUUUCCAAAUCUCCAGUACGUGUAAACAGGGCCUGAUACUCACUAGGUUUUGAGACAGAUCCUAUAUCUUUCUGGCUAUCUCUUUUUUUUUGGAUUCUCUUCAUCUCUUCUGUCUCCAGGACACGUGAAACGUAUUCUUCUUACUUCACUUUGCAAAAUCUCUCUUUCUCUCUCAAUCUCUUACUCGCUCUCUCUCUUUCUCCCUGUCUGAGGCUUGAACUCUUUUAACCCUCGCAGGACAGGGUCAGGACUAACAGAGUAUGACAAAGCACAACAGAUUUAAAAUGCAUGUUUUUCUCAGGUUUGAAUAUAUACGUGACUAAAUAGAAGUAUACAGCUACAUAGAGAAAAUAGAGACUAGCGCAGAUGUAUUACUAACGGUAUUAGAGGAUUGAUUUUUUGCUGCUGCUUGUAUUUGAAAAACAAAACAAAAAAAGGCAUAAAUAAUAAAGUUGUCGUAAAAGUGCCAGUGACAGGGGUGCCGCGUGCUGUGGGUGUUUUUCACUAGCGGAUUUUCUAGCAAAAUAUAGACACAGAUUAUUUAUCAUUCAUAUUAAAGCAAUAGCGCCUCCUGCUGGUGUGACUGCUAGUACGUAUAACUGGUGGAGUAUAAAAAGCGUCUGUGUAAAAUGUUAGAUUUCUCUUUCGGUGGAAUUUUUGUACCUUAUUUAUUACUACUACUAAUGAUGAAUUUAAAAGUGGCAUCGCUAAAAUGUUUUUGGUUUUGUUCGGUUUUCAUUUCGUUUAAUUUCAAAGCUUGUACAUUAUCCUUUUUGUAUGUGCUCAUUUUGUAAUAAAAAAAUGCAAAAAUGUUU